UUCUCGCAACCUUUUUUUUUAUCAUUUGUUUGAUGCUGCUAGCUGGAAAAUUUUAUUUUGUAAUUUCUGUGAAUAAUGAAUCAACCAAUUAUAAAGUUGCACUGGUAUCGGCCAAUUGGAUACGCAUUCGCAUUUUUUAAUUACAUCAUAAUAUGCUGCGCAACAGUUCCAUAUCUUAAUCAAGAUAAUCUCGGAAUGUUCAUUUUCGCUAUAGUGCUAUUCGCUCAUCUACUAUUUUUAACUAUGUCCGUGAUUCUGGGGCUAGCCAUAGAACAAAUCAUGCCUAUCAACAUGAUUUAUGUGCGGAAAGCUAUUGUGUUCCGAGAAUUUUCUAUACUGUUUGGGCUUCUUGUUUACUUGGGUUGUUUGUUUCAUGAGAACGCUUUCUAUAACUAUGCCGUGAUUCCCGUUGAUGCACUCUAUUUGGUUCUCCUAGUUCAGGUGAUUGUUGCAAUCUUUAUGAUUGAGAUGUGGAUACUCAGGGGUCUUGAAUUGUACCUCGACCAAGAGCAGAAGAAAGUACAGAAGACUAAACUAGCUGAUGAAACUUAUGAGCUUGAAAUGAUCGAUUCUGAUGCUCAACAGUUGCUUCGUCCAAGGCUAGCGAUGGUAGAGGAAAGUGAAGAGCUUGGGACACUAGAUUCUGGUGUUCGAAGUCGGCGUGAUUCAUGGCAAAGGAUGAGAGAGGAAACUAGUCUAUCCGACGAAUCUUAUGAGCUUGAAAUGCAUAAUUCAGCGGUUCGAAUGAAACAUAUUCCAAGGCUAGAUGCUCAAACUUCUGAGUGUGAAAUGUUUGAUUCUGGUGCACAACUGCAGCUUAGCCCAAUAGAAGAAGUGGCACAGGAAAUAAGUCCAACUAGCAAAACGAGUGAGACUGAAAUGCCUGAUCCUCAUGUUCAAUUGCAACUUAGCCCGAUACAAGAAAUGUCACAGGAAAGUGAACCAACUGACGAAACCUCUGAGGUUGAAAGCAUAGAAACUCUAGUUUGACAAUAUCAUCAAAUGACAAAUUUUCAAUCGUUUUAUUUUCUAUAGAUUAUUUUUAUUAUGUAUAACGAAUAUAUUUGACGCAGUAUGAAUUAAUUAUGUAGAUAAUGUUAAGUUGUCUUCGUUCUAAGGUAAAAGACCAAAUUCAAUUCACCACAUUUGACGCUGUUUCAAUAAAUUACUCAGAUAUUUGUUUUACUCUUUAAGAAUGGUCUCGAAAUAAACGAAGUAAUA